AGUUUGACCUCAACUGGAAAAUGGCAAAAUGGGUAUAACACCCGCUGCCAUUUCAUUCCAUCCGUCUCUACCUGGAAAUCAAAAUUCUUUCCUUCCCGCCUCCAUGUUCCAUUCAAGAGCCAAAGCUUUAAAUCAAGCACAAUCAAACCUUCUCCUCCAUUGGAGCAAUCGCACAAAACUCCAACCAUACCACACUCUCCGUCGACCCAACAAACCGAAGACCAAGCCUCGCCGCGAACGGCCUCACAGAGACGCCGCAAAGCCUCGCAAGCCCAUACAUUUCGUCUCCGAUGUCAAAGAAGUUCAGGGCCCAGAAGAUGCCUUGUCUCUCUUCCGAGAGUACCACGAAAUGGGCUUCAAACACGACUACCCCUCUUACUCUGCUCUCAUCUAUAAGCUGGCUCGUAAUCGAAACUUCGAAGCCGUUGAGACCAUUCUUGGCCAUGUACGAGACAGAAACAUUCACUGCAAAGAUACCCUUUUCAUUGCUCUAAUUCAACAUUAUGGGAAGGCCAAGUUGGUAGAGAAAGCCAUUGAGCUUUUCCACCAAAUCAAUUCUUUUAAUUGCGUCCGUACAUUGCAGUCUUUCAAUUCACUGCUUAAUGUGCUUGUUGAUAGUGACAGGUUUUCCGAUGCCGAUGAGAUCUUCGGUCGGUGUAAUCAAAUGGGUUUUCGGCCGAAUUCGAUUUCGUAUAACAUAAUGAUAAAGGGGUGGCUCAAGAAAGGUGAAUUGGAUGAAGCACGCAAGGUGUUCGAUGAAAUGCUUGAGAGAAAAGUGCAGCCUAGUGUGGUGACGUAUAACAGUCUGAUAGGGUUCUUCAGUAGAAAGGGUGAGUUGGAGGAAGCUACUGGUUUGCUCGAGGAUAUGAGACAGAAAGGGAAGUACCCGAAUGCUGUAACAUAUGCAUUAUUGAUGGAAGGUUUGUGCAUGGUAGGAAAGUAUGAGGAAGCAAAGAAGAUGAUGUUUGAUAUGGAGUAUCGGGGUUGUAAACCACGGCUUGUGAAUUAUGGUGUUUUGAUAAGUGAUCUUGGAAGAAGAGGGAAGAUUGAGGCGGCAAAAUCUUUACUGCAGGAAAUGAAGAAAAGGCGGUUUAAGCCGGAUGUUGUGAUUUAUAACAUAUUGAUUAAUUUUCUGUGCAAGGAAGGUAGGGCUAUAGAGGCUUAUAAAGUCUUGAUUGAAAUGCAAGUUGGAGGUUUCGAGCCUAAUGCGGCCACAUACAGGAUGAUGGUUGAUGGGUUUUGUCAGAUUGAAGAUUUUGAGGGAGGGCUGAAGGUUUUGAUUGCCAUGUUGAAAAGUAAACACUGUCCUCGGUUGAAAACAUUUGAGUGCUUGGUUACAGGACUAUUGAAGUGCGGGAAUGUUGAUGGUGCUUGUUUUGUCUUGGAGGAGAUGGAAAACAUAAAUAUGCAAUUAUGUUGCGAAGCUUGGGAAGCACCAGUUGUUGAUGCUUGUGGUAAGGACAUUGUUGCAGGGAUGGUACUAUUCACACAUAAAUGACUGGCGGCGAGAUCUUUGUUUCAGUGAAAUGAGCAGUUUUAACAUUUAUUGGGCUUGGCAAUAGUAAACUAAACUUCAUCCACCAGAGAAACAUAUUGCUGCUUGGCCCUUAGGUUAGAGCAAAAGUAGUGCCUUUUCAGGUAAUAGGAAGGAGAAGAUAAGAUUUGUUCUUUUUGUGGAGUCAGGUGUUAGACGCUCUUGUGAACUGAGCUAUGCCUACUGGUAUGGUUCAGGGGAAAGAGGAACUGAAAAAGCUUUGUUAAAGAACUAAAACAUGUCACCAAUGUCGUGGAUUUUUUACUCUGAUCUCCAUGUCAGGGUCUCAGGAAACUCUUCUAGUGGUACUUGUGGUUCUAAAAGUGGUUAAGUGAGCAUUCAAACUAAGCUACUCUACAGCUCUACACCCAACUGGAAGGCUUCUGGGAGUAGAGGAGGUUUUGUUGAGGAGUUACAUUGUUGAUGUGAAGUCUAGUUCCUAAUUGGCUCUAGCAAUGCUUGUGGUGCAAAUAAAUUUGAUGGGCAUGCAAA